AUGAUCUGUCGCCGUUGCCUAUCUCGUCUCGCGCAUCGAGCGCAGAGCACCGUCUCAUCCCGCUCAUACACCACGACCACCCCCCGACUAGCAGAGCCAGUGACAUCCCAGACUACAACCGCAUCGAAUCCACGGCCCAAUGGCGCACCUGCAGCCACCUCUACCUCCGCCGCGCAGCCCUUCUCAACACCCGAAACGCCUGCAACCGACCGCCAUGUCAAUCUACCCAUCGAACCAAACCAGUCCAAGCAGCCAGCGGCAGUGCAGAGCAGUGUGCCCGCGGGUACAGUGUUGAAGGGGCUGAACUUCAUGAAGAACAAGCAGGACCCUAUUGCGAUGGAAGAUCAUGAGUAUCCGGCGUGGCUAUGGGGUGCUUUGGCGGAGAGUAAGGAGAAGAGCGCGAAGGAUGAUUUGGAGGGAGAUCUGUUCGCCAAAUCAAAGAAGCAACGGCGAAGAGCAGCGAAGGCAUUGCGGAGACAGCAGCUGUUGAAUCCCGACAUGAUGGAGCCGAAGGUGCCACUGUACGAGCAGAGUAUAGAUUUGCCUGCAGGUGAUGGUAGUUUGGAGGGCAACAAGAGCGCGCUGGAUGCGAGAGGGGAGUUGACGCAUGCAAUGCGGCAGCAGAGGAGAGCGAAGAUCAAGGAAGGCAAUUUCUUGAAGGCCAUGGGCUGA